CUGAGUGUGUGAAGAGAGUUAAAGCUCUGACAGUCGGAAUUUAACGGCAGAAAGCUCUGGAAAUCGCUCUCCAUUUGGACAGCUACUUGUUUUUGAGUGAUAUUUAGUCAAAGUGACAGUUUUACGCGUCUGUAAGAAGGACUCCAACAGUUUGUUUUACAUAUUUACUGACUGUGUGAAGACAGCAGAAGUGCGCGUUUUACUGGGAAAAGCUUUGGGUUUCAAUGCUAGUUACAGCAAAUAUCUGUUGUUUCGGUCUUACACUUGUUUUUGAGUGAUUUCUGUCGUGGAGCUCUAACGGUUUUCAUUAUUAUUUAAAUAACACACAUUUUCAAAGAUCUGUUUCUAUUGUGGAAUUUCGUUCUUUCGACACUAAGCGUCAUUUUUUGUCCAACUAACUGAACUGACACACGUUAUAUGCGUUUUGAAGAGAGAAACGGUCGUAAUGAGAGUUCUCUUCGUGGCAUUGCUGUUUGUAUACGCGUCAGGGAGCGGGAAAGUGGCUGGCGCGAGUGGCGCGAAAGGAAACCGCUUCGUGUGCACGGCUGUGCCCGCGGGCACCGACCUCAGUUGCCCGGUGGAAGCGACCAACCGGGUCCAAAGCACUAGUCCGCAGGAGGAAGAGUUACGGAAUACUAUCAUCCAGCUUCGAGAGACCAUCCUGCAGCAGAAGGAAACUAUCGUCAGUCAGCAGGGCACCAUCAAAGAGCUCAACUCCAAACUCGCGCGCUGCGAGGCUGAAGCCAAGACGCGAGGCAGCGCGCGCAGGAAGGAUUAUAGUAAAAACACGAUGGGCGAUCUGCCGCGUGACCCCACCGAAACUGUGGAGCAGCUGGGAAAGACCAUGCAGAGCCUGAAAGACCGACUGGAGAACCUGGAGCAGCAGCUGCGUACCAACACAUCAGGUGGAGCAUUUCCCAGCGAGCUGAGAGACCUGCUGAAGCGGCGUCUGAGUGACCUGGAGAGCCAGCUGCUGACCAGAGUGGCCGAACUUGAGGAGGAAAAGAGCCAGCUGUACAACGAGACAACCGCUCACCGUCAGCGCACAGAGAACACCCUCAACUCACUGCUGGAGAGGAUCACCGAGCUGGAGAAAAGUAACAAUGCAUUCAAAUCUCCAGAGGACUUUAAGGUGUCUCUGCCGCUGCGCACCAACUAUCUGUACGGCCGCAUAAAGAAGAGUCUGCCAGAGAUGUACGCCUUCACUGUGUGCAUGUGGCUCAAGUCCAGUGCCAGUCCUGGAAUCGGAACCCCCUUCUCUUACGGUGUCCCGGGACAAGCCAAUGAGAUUGUGCUGAUAGAGUGGGGAAACAGCCCCAUGGAGCUUCUCGUCAAUGAUAAGGUCGCUCAGCUUCCCCUCUCCGUGAGUGACGGGCGCUGGCAUCACAUCUGCAUCACCUGGACAACCAGAGAUGGCUUCUGGGAGGCUUAUCAGGAUGGAGAGAGACUAGGGACCGGAGAGAACUUGGCCCCCUGGCACCCAAUUAAACCUGGAGGAGUCAUUAUCCUCGGCCAAGAACAGGACAUCGUAGGUGGGAGAUUUGACGCCACUCAAGCUUUCGUAGGAGAGUUAAGCCACUUCAACAUGUGGGACAGAGUCCUGCGUCCUAUAGACAUCUCUGCUAUGGCCAACUGCUCCGCCUACAUGCCUGGCAACGUGGUGCCAUGGGUCGAUGGCAACGUGGAGGUAUUUGGCGGUGCCACAAAAGCAGCAUUGGAGAUUUGUGAAGACCGACUCUUUGAUUCCUAAGGACACGUCAGUGAGUUUGGAAGCGUACUCGUUAUAGAGGUAACACGUGUCUCAAUAUUGCUCUGGCAACUUACAGAGAGACAAAGACAGAAACACAUGUUUACAUAUUUUCACAUAAUGGAUUAUUUCAUCCUUUAUUCUGCUUUAUGUUUGUUGAGACUUUGCUAUCUGACUGACCAAUAACUAAAAUGACUGUGAUUAAUAAGAAAAAUAAAAUAAAUAAAUAAAAAUCAGUCUGCACAUUCAAGGUCAGAAUAGAGUAUUUGUGACUCUAGCUGAAGCAAAACUUUCUUGUUGAUAUUAUAUAUAUAUAUAUAUGCUUUUCUCUGUGUUGCGUCCUUCAAAACAUUUUCUCUCCACAAAGUCAUGGGUAUUUUAAGAUCUACAGUAAAAGAUGGAUUUUUGCUUUGAGCUUUUAUGUUGUGUAUAUGUUGGUGCCCUUCAAAUACUGAGGGAAAAAAAAUAAACUGCAUAGUUUCAUCAUGAGCUUUAUGAAACAUGAAUGAAGGAGCUAGUCUGUGACUUUGUCCAUACGGGGAGGUAUUCAGACGGAAGUGUCUUUAUGUCUGUGAUCCAGAGAUUAGUUGAGGGAACAUUCACAUUUUUUUAAAUCUUCUGCCAUCUUGAGCAGAUCUGCCAUCCAGAAACCUUAAAGUAGCAAAGCUGCCGAGGUCUGACCCGCAGCUCUCAGAAGCCCCCAGGGGAAUGGUCUGGCUGCAGGACAGGACGGUCUGGCUGAAGGGCUUCUCCUUAUGAAGCUUGUUUGAUUUCAUUCAGUUUAUGAAUUCCAAAUGUAAAAAUGUGGUGUCUAUGAAAUGUUUAUGAAGGAUUUUGACAUGUGCAGAACAUGGCGUUAUGAGAUUAACUAUGAGCACUAUACGGGGAAUGUGUGUUAUAUUUUUUUUAAAUAAUGUUUUAUUGUGUCAGGGUUUUUUUUAACUACCUGUUUAGACCCUCGCACAAAGCACUGGGGGAAAAAUGAGACUAUUUUCUGUGGAGAUUAAACGAAGCAACAAAGAAAUACUGACUAAUGAGGUCGAAAGCGCUUGCACUUGUUUAAAGCGCAUGAAUGUCGAGAAGUAUGAUUUAUCUGACAGUCUGAUGCUACAAAUGGGUGUAUCUCACGAAACCUGUCGAAAACAUGCCCAGGCCAUCUUUCCUUCUGAAAUCAAAAGGACAAAAAAUUUGAAAUGAUAUUUUGCAUAUGAAAGUUAAGCCUGUUACUUUAAAUUUUAUUAAGCACAUUUUUUUCAUUGUAAAAUUAUUUUCAUGACAAUUAAGCAUUUCCGUAUAUAUAUAUAUAUAUAUAUAUAUAUAUAUAUAUAUAUAUAUAUAUAUAUAUAUAUACAAGGCAUUGUUAGCGCACACAGUAUGAAGACGAAGAAGUUUGCUCUUCAUUUUGAAGUUUGUUUGCUUUUGUCGCAUCGCACCGCACCGCACCGUUCACGUCCGGUGUAGAGUAGACAUGGUGUUUUGGUGUUUAAAACUUUAUUUAUUAAACAAAACACCUUGGAAUAAAUGGGGUAAAGACAAGAAACAAAGGACCACACUGCAUGUAAAUGAUAACUGACAAGGGACUGAAGUAAACUGUGGGUAUGAUGCUGCCUUCACAUGCUCUCGGAAUUAUCGUAAAUACGAGUUUCCUAGGUAAAAAUUACACAUGAAAGCCCUCCCAUUUCGACUUCAUACGUGGGAAUUAUCAAAUUUCCGAUAGCACUGAAGGUAGCAUAAAUACACAGGGCAAACAAAGGAACUAAACUAGACACAGGUGACAGCAAUAUAGAAACAAACAAGGACAUAUUCUGCAUUUACACCAUGUCAUAAUUACGAGAUGACAACACGUGAUGUUCUUACUCAAAGCUGUUCAUGUCCUCAGACUGGGGAGUCUGAAAUUGCAUACUCUCAAGUAGGUACUUAUUUUGAAUAACAGGGUUUUUUCCUGGAUCAAAACAAGGCAGAGGUGGUAAAAUCCUUAAUCCCUCUAGGGGGUUCCGGGGCAUUCCAUUUGUACAUUUUAAAGAUAAAUUCAUUAAUCUGGUGCACUUUGUUCAAAAUAAAGAGCUCCAAGCCAUGUUCAGUGUCCAAACUGAACAAAGAAAAAGUCUGUGGCCAACUGCCCGAUGAUAUUCUCUGAUUUAGAGAUCUAGAAUUACAUUUCUUUACUCCCUUCAAACUUAAAUUGUCACAGUUUCAUUACAUCAUUGUUGAAAAAACACACUUAUCAGAAUAAUUUCUGUUAGUUAAACUUGUGUAAAGUUUUAGUUAAAGCUGUUAAGUUAUAAAGCAAUAUCCCAUGUAGGGUUUUUCCUUUGCGUUUUAUAUAAUGACCAUUAGGGGGUGCUGUAGGCACAUGUUUUCCUUGAUUGGUUUUCCCUGAAGAGAAAUACGUUCAGUUGAAAACGAAAGUAAAAGAGUGAAGCACGUUCGUUGUCUUUAUUAAAAUCAACACAUAAAUGAUUUAUCUCUCAUCAACCCGCAAUUAAUUGGAAUGUUAUUUUUUUAUUACUUGGCCUGCCUGACACGUGGAUUAUCCACAGUAUCCACGGAUAUAACCGCGAUCUGCGCAUCACGAAAACACAGUUCCUCGCAACAGAACCAUGUAGGUGGAAAAGGGGUAUCUGGCCUGAGUUUUGUCAACAGCUAGUGGCGGCACAAAAUUUGACGGAGGCGGCCGCCUCGUAAUUCUCUAUGCAGGGAAACACUGAAUAAGUAUUUACUUUGUUCUAUAAAGUAUGAAUGAGUGUAGUAUGAAUGUAAACCGAACAUACUACAUCUGCCAUGCUGUCAUUAUCAUGUGACCUAUCAGUGUCAGUUGCGUCGCUUUACUGCCCUUCCUAAAUCCUCUCCCGUUGGCCUCACAGGAUAGUAAAGUAUGCACACUUCAGAAUCUCGCCGGAAAUAGUAGGUCAUCCGGGUACUUUUUGCCUACUCGUUUAUGAGUACUGUGAAUUCAGACACUACUUUUUUGCCUAGUAUAUAGUACGGAAGUUUGCGAUUUUGGAUGCAGCCUAUGAAUUAUAGGCAUGUUCGGUUUAAUGCUGCACUGCACAGACCAAUCAGUGUCUGAUAAAAACAGUAUUAAAAUAAUUCCAAUAAAGUGAGUCACCCUUGAUAAUGAGAAUUACAAACAAAAAAAAAUCAAAAGUAAAGUAAAAUGUCUGAAAAUGGGAAAUGUGCUUAAUAUAAAAAUAAUGACACCCAAAAAAAGAAGGAGAAGAAAAAAAUAGUAAAGGUCCUGAAAACAGGCUGUUAUGACCUGGAUAUGUUUUCGUGAGAUUCUUUACUGAUUUUAUUUGUGCUUGAUCUAUUAAUGACGACUUCUUCAAAUUGUACAUUUGUGUUGAAGUAGAGCAGUGCAAUAGAUAUGGGACACUUUAUGUAAAUGUGGUCCUCUGCAUCUUUUCUGUGUUCUCACAUUCAAAUGCACCGCUGGGCCUGUCGGUCUCACUCCGUCUCGCUGUGUUACGUGGAUGUUUUCAUUUCAUCUUUCAACUUGUUGUGCACAAAGGCCAGAUCAAAGUCUGUGAAAUUCACCGUGGUGCAGCGUUCUUACACAAUAGACACUAAUAAUGCAUUAGUGUGUUUCCCUUGUUGACACGUGUUUGUAUUUGGGCUACUAGAGCUCUACUGCUCUACUGAAAUGCACUGGAAUGAUAUAAAACACGUUUGAAUACUCAGUUUCUUUCAUUUGAAUGUAAUCUACUGCUAUUUUGUGUCAUAAAUGUACUUAGAGAAACAAAACCUCUUAUGUAAAUGAAUUUUGAGCUGUUAUGCUGCCUUCAGGUCCUGAUGAAUCAUCAUAUGCUGAGUGAUGUACAAUGAUGUCGCAAUGGGAACCUCCUAAUUUGCAGUGAGUGUAAAUUUAAGAAUCAUGGCGGAAGCUAAUUUAUGUUGGCCAUGAUAAGUAAUUGUAAAUGUUGUCUGCACUGCAUGUGCAUAAUUUUGUUGAUGAAGAAUAGCAAUAAAGUUUGGCCGAUGUAUUCCCAUCUGAUGCUAAAUUCCCAUCAUUCUCUGUGGCAGCACAGGAGUGAACAGAUGAAGCAUCAAUUAGACACCUAAUGUGCAUCAUUUGCUCUUCAUUAGUUUCCUGUCUUUAUCGGGAAUUGAAAGAGAGAAAGAAACUUCAAAUUGUCUAAUGAGAACAUGUUAUUCUGACCAAUUACCAAACACACAAUGAAACGUCCCAGGAGGACUUGAAGGCAGCAUUAGGGCAAAAUGAUUGUUUAUAACCUGAUCUGAUUUUGUUUCAGAAUGUAACAUGAUAUUUUUGUCCAAAAAUGAAUGGCCUUUUCUGAGCACCAACUGUGCUUUCUGGGUUUUUCAAGGAUUCAACACCUAAUGUAAGACCAUGGUGUGAAAUGUUAAACCGAGGAAAAUAACUGCUGAAAAAAAUGGGUUUAAUGUGAAAUCUCUCUUUCCUCGCAUACAGAGCAACCUUGUUUUGUUGUUCAGCAUGGAGGAACAGUUGAAUGUCCUUCUUCAACCAAUAAAUGAUUCUGAAAACCACACAUCA